CGGUGAACACCAGUGAAGGAAAAAAGACCAAGAAGAACAGCUUCGAAAUCUCUCCUUGUUGCAGUACUUUUUUUUCUUCCGUUCUUCACGAACAAGCAGAUACCCAGGAAUUAUGGCGGAUCCUAUGGAGAUGUCCCUUGAUGACAUUAUCAAGACCCAGCGCCAGGGUCGUGGACGACGUGGACGUCGUGGAGGUGCUGGUGGCCAGCAAGGUGGCCAGCAAGCUGCCGCCAACAACAAGUCUCCUUUCAAGGGAGGACGUGGACGACCAUUCCGUCGUGGAGCAGGUCGUGGUGCACCGGCUGGUCGACCAAGAGGUGCAGCUGCUGCUGUAGGAGGGGGAGCAGGAGGUGCCGCCGCAAGCAGUGGCCACAUUAUCAUUUCUAACUUGGACUUUCAAGUAUCCGACGGUGACUUGAACGAGCUCUUUGGCGAGUUCGGGCAGAUCAAGAAGGCCCGUGUGCAUUUCGAUGCCAGUGGCAAAUCGCAGGGAUCUGCUGACGUGAUAUUUGCCCGCUAUCAAGACGCCAUGCGCGCCCUGCAGAAGUACAACGGAGUACCCCUGGAUGGUCGUGAGAUGAGGAUCAUGAUCGCAUCGGGACCUUCUCAGAUGAUGUCGCCACCGAGAACACAAUAUUCUCCCGGACGUGGAGGUCGCGGUGGACAGCAGCGAAGUGGCUACUCUGGCAGGAGCAACGCAGCGACACGAGGUAGCGGCGGCGGUGGCCGCGGGGGACGAUUCCAACGUCGCGGCGGUCGUGGUGGUAAUGCUGGCGGCGGUCGUGGUGCUCCCGCACAGCGUAGCAUGACCAAGGAGCAGCUCGACGCCGAGAUCGACGCCUAUCACUCAGAGGCUCAGCCCAUGGACGCUUAAAAUGUUUAUCGUCAUUCUCCGAGUCGCCAUGGUAUGUGUCCUGCGUUCAUCCCGUCUUGAUGGAAACGGCCAUUUUCCAUGGCACGUCUUGAAUUCACGUCUUGUUCAGCACUCGACGGCACGGAGUAGAUCUCUCGCCGCUUGUAUUGGUGAGCGAUGAUAUGCGCCACAGCGUGGCGUCACGGUAUGUCUGCUUUCACCGAGUGUAUUUGUAGAUCAGUGGGUGCAAGCGCAGACAACGCACCUGCUCAUUGUCUGGGUUUUUUCUGUGCCGUUUGGGUACGAUUUAGUGUUUAGUGUGUGCGUGUGUAUGCUGAUAUCUUUUCGCUGUGCAUAUAUGCUACCUUGCUAGGCUUUAUUCUGCUGCUUUCAACUAUUUGUGCGUAUGCCUGCCCCCCGUGUGUGUGCGCGCGUGUGUGUGUCUUGUUCCCCGCACUGCAUUCUUGUAUGACUAGCUCACCUCUGACCUGUACACAGAGCUUGUUGUUGGUGUCCCGUUGUCCCCCAUUGUCCGCGCUUCAUGCGUGUGUGUACUCUUGUCUCUCCCUGCCCCCGAGCCGACUAGCUCGCUUGACCGACCAUGUCUGUGUUAAUCAACUAUGCUGUCAACAAAAUUAUAAAUAAGCCCCGCCACUGUUGUUGCUGUUGUUGUUAUAAUGUCCGUUCUGAAUAACUACCAUGUGUGUUUUCUGCAUCGAUUCUAUGCAUGUACUUUGCUGAAUGAUUUCUGAUCACCGUUUUCGUGUGUAAAAAACUCUUAUUGACGUAAUCAA